AUGUGUCCUGUGUGGCUAUUGGUUGCUGUGGUGGUUGUGGGCGGGGCCAGAGAAGCUGUCAGUCAAUGCUGGGAGCAUCCAAGCUGCCAGGAGCUGAACUCUGAAAGCAGCAUGAUGGAAUGCAUCCAGCUCUGUCACUCCGACCUCACCGCUGAGAAGCCCGUCGUCCCCGGCAACGCCCAUCUGCAACCUCCGCCUCCUCCAGACCCCUCCUCUUCCUCCUCCUUCAUCCUCCCUCCCUCCUCCUCCUCCUCCUCUCCUCAGGCCAAGCGCUCUUACUCCAUGGAGCACUUCCGCUGGGGGAAGCCGGUCGGCCGGAAGCGCCGCCCCGUCAAAGUCUACACAUCCAACGGCGUGGAGGAGGAGUCCGCUGAGGUUUUCCCCGGAGAGAUGAGGAGGCGGGAGCUGGCCAAUGAGCUGCUGGCAGCGGCAGAGGAGGAGGAGAAGGCUCAGGAGAUGCUGGCGCAGGAGGAGGAGGAGGAGGAGCAGAAGCAGCUCCUCCAGGAGAAGAAAGAUGGAACCUACAAGAUGAAGCACUUUCGCUGGAGCGGCCCGCCGGCCAGCAAACGCUACGGAGGCUUCAUGAAGAGCUGGGACGAACGCAGCCAGAGACCGCUGCUCACGCUGUUCAAAAACGUCAUCAACAAAGAUGGACAGCAGCAGGUGUGA